AUGGCCUGCCAUCCUGGACCGUGGCUCGCGCGCUUCGCCUCGGUCGUGGCCGUGCCACCCGUGCCCCGCCUCGCGACGCUGCGCCGCCACCUCCAGGCCGGCGACGUGGCCCGCGCGCUCUCGCUGCGGUCGCCCACUGCGGCCACCAAGCUCGAUGUGCUCACCGACUUUGUCGCGCAACUCGAUGCGCUCAACCCGGCGCUCGCGCAAAAGACCGCCGCGUUCUUCAUCCAGCGCGACGUGCACCUUGCGCCAACGCUUCUGCGCGCGUACGAGACGCUCGAUGUCACCUUGCCACCCGCCGCGCUCAAGGACAUGCUCAUGGCGCUCUCGCAGGCCAACGAAACCCGCGCCGUACUGCAAGUGCUGCAAAUGGCGCAGGCGCGCAAGAUGCACGUGCCGCCCGAGGCGCUGCUGCACAUGGCCCGCGGGACCCGCGCCCCGCUCGUGCCGCCGCUGCUGGCGCUACUGCAGCAGCAGCGCGUCGACGUGAGCUACCCGUCGCUUGGCGCGUCCAUCGUCCGCGUCUGCCUCAAGCUCGAUGCGAUCCCCGAAGGCCUAGCGAUUGCCGACGCGCUGUACCACACGCUGCCACCGCCGCUCGCCAACCUCGUCGACAAUUUGCGUGCGCUCCACGCGUAUCCGGAUUUCCAAAGUCUCUGGGUCCAGUUUGCCUUGUGCCACAACAAGGACGUGGCCGAGCCGCUCUUUCAAGCGCUGCAGAGUUCGCCCAUCGCGCUGCACGCGUCGGCCAAGCUCCUUAGCGGCGUGGCCUCGGCGCUCUUCCGCCAAGGCAAGCACGGACUGGCGUGCGAUGCGGUGGCGGCGGCCUUGCUCGAGGCGCCGGUGCCGUACCACGUCUUUGCGACGGGCUUCAGCGGCAUGACGGUCUCGUCGUAUGGCCUCGCAACGCUCCUCGAACUUCUCUGGUCCGCGAUCGAGUCUGACCGUAUCGAAGACGCCGCCAGCCUGCGUCACGUGGACGCCGCGAUCCGCGCCUGCUUGCGGCACAAUGACGUGGCAAGCGCGCUGCGCUUGUACGCCUAUCUGUCGAAAGACACGCCGCCCGAGCCGUCACGGUACACGGCCACGAUGGACUACCUCGCGCGCGCGCCGGUCGAAUGCCAUCACCACCUCCUCGCGUUCCUCGUACACCGGCGCACGGACACGGCCAUGGCCCUCUUCGACAGCCUAUUCGCGGCAAGUGUUCCCAUUACGCCCAAGACGCUCAAGGACAUGGUCAUGGCCGUCCACCGGACACCGGGGCACGUCGUCGCGCUUCUCGAGUACGCUUUCUCCCAUCGUGUGGCACUGCCCGUCGUGAUGGCGACGACGAUCCUCUCGAAAGGCGGCAAGGACGACCACGACGUUGUCGACGCUAUCUUGAACCUCAUGGAGGCCGACUUGAUUCCGACCAAUGGCAUCGUGCUCGGUGCCACCGUGCCUGAGCACGACACGGCGUCCCACGCCGCGCAGCGGGCGCUAGCGCUCGGUCGCCGCCAGCUCGACCGUAUGCUGGGUGACACCACCGCGUCACACCCAGUCGAUGUCACAGGCAUCGUCGGGUUUCUUGUGCUGCACGAGCCCGAGAUCGGCAUGGCGCGCUUUCGGCAGUGUGCGGCCGCGUCGAUGGUGCUGACGCCGCGGACGCUCGUGGCGCUGCUGCGACACGCGGCGACGACCGUCGACGACGUCAACGCGCUCGUCGGGUAUGCCAAGGCGACGCAGUGUGUGCUACCUGGUCACAUUGUCGGCGAGGUCCUCGACAAAUUCGGGCCGGCGACCGUCCACUGCCUCGUCGAUUUGAUGGCGUCGCGCAUGGUGACGCUCAACCGCCACGGCCUGCGGUCCAUUUUAUAUGCGUCGCAGGACCCGGUCCUCGUGCAAAAGUGCAUGGAGCUCGGUCUCGAACGCGGGUUCGACUUGCCACUGCACCUUCUACACGCUUAG